GUGGACCGGUCCUAAACAACAACGAGAUCUGCCACACAGCACCCGUCCAUCGAUCAACGAUCAACUGAGCAGCAGAGCAGAGGGAGUGACCAGCGACGAUGCCGGGAGCCGUGAAGGUGUUCGGGUCGCCGACGUCGUCGGAGGUCGCCCGCGUCCUGGCGUGCCUCUUCGAGAAGGAUGUCGAGUUCCAGCUCAUCCGCGUCGACUCCUUCCGCGGCCCCAACCGCAUGCCCCAGUACCUCAAGCUGCAGCCGCACGGCGAGGCGCUCACCUUCGAGGACGGCAGCGUCACCCUCGUCGAGUCGAGGAAGAUCCUGAGGCACAUCGCCGACAAGUACAAGAGGCAGGGGAACCUGGACCUCAUCGGGACGGGGGCGCUGGAGCGCUCGUCAAUCGAGCAGUGGCUGCAGACGGAGGCGCAGAGCUUCGACGUGCCCAGCGCCGACAUGAUCUACAGCCUCGCCUACCUGCCGCGCACCAUGCCGCUCGACGGGAGGAAUGACGGCGGCGCCGGCAGGCAGCAGAAGCAGCAGCGGGACAUGAUGAUGAGCCCGUCCCACAUGCAGAAGGUGGAGGAGAUGAAGCAGCUGUUCGAGAAGAGCAGCAGGGAUCUGAGCAAGGUGCUGGACAUCUACGACCAGCGGCUUGAGGAGGCCGAGUACCUCGCCGGCGACAAGUUCACCCUUGCUGACCUCUCCCACAUGCCCAACGCCGACCGCCUCGCCUCCGACGAGCGCUCUGCCCGCCUCAUCCAGUCCCGCAGGAACGUCAGUCGCUGGUGGGCCGACGUCUCGAGCCGCGAGUCCUGGGUGUACGUCAAGAGCCUGCAGCGCCCGCCGUCCGCCGAGGCGCCAUUCUGAUCUCCAUGCACGAUCGCCGUACGCCUCCUCGCGGCGCACGGCCGCCGCUCCGCGAGAAGGUGUCGCCCACUGCCCCACCACAUACACUAUUUACCGUGGCAUUUCCGAUACUGCGCUUCACAGUUUCGAUUGAUUUCUUUGCCCUGUAAUGCGUUUUCGUUGUUCUGAAUAAUCUCGUAUACGUUGUGUUCUUCAUUGGCAUGGGUGUUUCGCCCUUGCCUUCCUGUUGUUGCGGUCCAAAGAUCAUUUGAAUCGUGUAAUAAUAAGUGUAAUAAAAUGCUUUCCCCUGCUUUUGGUUC